CUGACUCACUGUUCUACAGACGUUAGUCACCAAGGCAUCUAUCUUCCUUCUUUUUGGGGGAGUUGGUUUGAUAUCUCAGUAGACCAACACCAUCUAUUUUGASCUAGAUCAAUAUGGCAGAUCUUGGUAGUAUAUAUAUUUUUGUUACUAUCUUCUGCUCGUGUGUAUUUGUGAUGGUUAAUUGUGGUGGCUGCCCACACCACGCCAACGAUCCAAACAACGUGAAUGAUAGGAUCGAUAUGCUGAAAGACCAACGUCAAUAUAGCUGUGUCGAUGACUCUAAUAAAUACAGUUAUUCAAUCUUGAUCUGUCAAACUGGGAAGGACCCAACUGCGGUGAAACAAGCAAAAAAAGGCUCUAAAAGGAUUUAUAAUGCUGGAACAUAUGAAAGUGCAACAAUCAGAGGAGGAACUGAUUGGUUAAUGGUUUCCUAUGGUGGAGGAGAAAAAUACCAAAGCCAUUGUCAAAAAGCACCAAGAAAAAGUGAUCUUCUAAUUAUCUGUGAUCCAAAUGAGAGUAGAGGCACACUAAAAGUGAUUGAGGAACACAGGACAAAUGAUACUCAUACAACAGAUCCAUGUUAUUACCUGUUUGAACUGAACCACAAAGCAGCUUGCACUGUAGGACCCCCAAAAACAAUCAGUCCAGGCUCCAUCCUUCUUAUUAU